UUUAGUUACAUCUGGCUCGGCAAACAGAAAGCAACAAAAAAAAUAUUAAAGAAUAAAAUUCUUUCUACUUAUAUUUUCUUCUAUUAAAUUUGCAACCAACUCCGUCCAAGGAAAUCCCGGAGUGUUCCUUUUUAUGACAUGGCGAUGAAGAUGAACCAAAACCAGAACCAGUUCAAGAUAAACUACACCCAGCAAUAUGUGGCCAGGAUAACAGUGCCCCUGGUCGAACCCAUUAUCCCUGUGCCGCAGAUGUCGUCGGCAAAUCUACGAGUCCGUAGGGCUGUCGUCGAAUCCUAUCGGGGCCGCCAAAUAGCUCCCGAUGAUGCUAUGCUGCCGAUGCCGCCGCACAAUAAGGCCCAGAGUAUGUCUGUGAUUCUACAGGAUCUUCAACGGAGGGUGAGAGAUCUGAAACUCUGGGACCGAGCCAUUCGCCUUCUCAAAAAACGAAUAUAGUUUAUAUAUCUACGAUACGCCACUGGUGAUCUGAGCCAUAUUCGCCAUCCUAUCUGAGCCUCCUGUUUCUUCGUCCACUUGCAAAAUCCCCAUUAAACAAGUUCGAAUUGUGUUCGAUUUUAGAUCCCGCACCCGAUAUAAUCCUCUAAAAUCGAUCACAUACAUAUGUACAUAUUAUACGUAAGCUAUAAUAUGACAUCGUUUUAAAUA